UAUCAGUUCUCACUAAGCAGUUCGCAUGAUCUUGGACGGGAAUUUGUUCAAUCACGUACUCCGUGGAUGCUCCGCCGUUCGGUCCCUUAACACCACAAAAACCCUCCAUGCCUUUAUCAUCAAACUGGGUCAAAAUGUAUUCCAACCAUUCUAUCUCACCAACAAUGUUAUUUCUCAGUACGCAUCACUUGAUGAAUUGUAUAUGGCUCACAAAGUGUUCGAUAGAAUGCCUCAACGAAAUGUUGUGUCGUAUAAUACCAUCAUUGGUGCAUAUAGUAGAUGUGGAGAUGUCGAAGAAGCUUGGAGAUUAUUUACUGAGAUGAUGUGGGUCGGGCUUAGCCCAAAUCAGUUCACGUUGGGCAGUAUUUUGUCAUGUCCUUCCUUGGAUUAUUGUCGUGGAGUUCAAUUGCAGGCGUUGGCGUCGAAGAAUGGGACAUUUGUUUUAGAGGCUUUUGUGGGGACUGCUUUGCUGGGUGUUUAUGGGAGGCGUAAAGCUUUUGGUGAGGUAGCUCGGGUUUUUGAAGAUAUGCCAAAUAAGAGCUUGGUGACAUGGAAUUCAAUGUUGUCAUUGUUCGGACAUCAUGGUCUUGUUGAAGAUUGUACGAUUUUGUUUAGAGACCUUCUAAGGAUGCAGGCCUCGUUGUCUGGAAGUUCUUUCGUGGCUGCGUUGACUGGUUUGGAUUGUGAACGUGAUUUGGAAUUAGGAGAACAAUUACACAGUUUAGUGAUUAAAAAUGGCUUUGAUUUUGAAGUUUCGGUUGGGAAUUCUCUAAUCAAUAUGUAUUCAAAAUGUGCGGGCAUGUCGCUGGUGGUGAGCCUGUUUGAGGAGUUACCUGUUAAGGAUGUUGUGACAUAUAAUACAGUCAUUGGUGCACUAACGAAAGAUGACAGAGCUUUGUUAGCAUUAGAUCUCUUUUUGACGAUGUCUGAAGGUGGAAUCUUACCAAACCAAACGACAUUUGCCAAUAUUGUUGUCUCUUGUACCAGUUUGCAGACCCCAAUCUAUGGAGAGUUUAUUCAUACUAAGAUUAUCAAGCAAGCCUUAGAUUCUGAUGCUUUUGUGGGUAGUGCAUUGAUCGACUUUUAUGCCAAGUCUGACAAACUAGAAGAGGCACAUCAAUGUUUUUUCAGCAUCUAUGACAAAAACGUGAUUUGUUGGAACGCGUUGAUUUUGGGAUAUGCGAAUAAAGGUUCUUCUACCUCUAUGUCCUUGCUUCUAGAAAUGCUUCGAUUGGGGUAUCGACCAAGUGAGUUUUCAUUUUCCGCAGUCCUUAGAUCAUCGUCUAUGUCAGAGCUACAACAACUGCAUUGUAUGAUAAUAAGGCUGGGCUACCAGAAUAAUGAGUAUGUGUCAAGCUCUCUUAUUACCAUGUAUGCUAAAAAUGGUUGCAUAUCUGAUGCCUUGAUCUUCAUUACAAGUUCUGGAACAUCACUUGGUGUUGUUCCCUCUAAUAAUAUUGCGAGCAUCUACAACAAAAUUGGUCAGUACCAUGAAGUGGUAAAGUUGCUUUCUGUGCUUGAAGAACCUGAUGUCAUAUCAUGGAAUAUUGUGAUUGCAGCCUGUGCUCGCAAUGGUGAUUAUUCUGAAGUUUUUGAACUUUUUAAACACAUGCACAUGGUUGAGAUCCGUCCUGACAAUUACACAUUUGUUAGCCUUUUAAGUGCGUGCAGUAAACUUUGUGACCUCGCUUUGGGACGCUCUAUUCAUGGUCUCAUCCUAAAGUUUGAUUUCAACCGUUGCGAUACAUUUUUGUGCAAUGUGAUGAUAGACAUGUAUGGGAAAUGUGGGAGUGUUGAAAGUUCUGUAGAUGUAUUCGAUCAAACGAUCAAUAGAAACCUUGUUACUUGGACAGCUUUAAUUUCGGCCCUAGGAAUUAAUGGUUAUGCUCAUGAUGCAUUGGGAAAGUUCAGAAAGAUGGAGUUUCUAGGUCUUAGGCCUGACAAGGUUGCAUUCCUUGCAGUUCUUACAGCAUGCAGACAUGGGGGUCUGGUGAGGGAGGGGAUGGAACUUUUUGGGCAAAUGCGAAGAAUUUAUGAGAUUGAACCAGAGAUGGAUCAUUACAACUGUUUGGUGAAUUUACUGGCUAGGUGUGGACAUCUUAAGGAGGCUGAGCAAAUAAUUGGCAACAUGCCUUUUCCACCGAAUGCUCUUGUAUGGCGUAGUUUUCUUGAGGGCUGCAAGAGGCAGAGAACAGCAGAGGAUCAAAUUAAGAACAGAGUGGCUCAACAGAGCAGAAUUAGCGCAAUGGUUUGAGACUGAUUCGUUGGUUGCACUUUAUGGUGUUGGAUUAUUCAGUGCUGGAGAAUGAUGGUUAAUGUGGCAAUUGACAGAAAUAUAACAGUGUGAAUUAAAAAGCCUACGAAUUCGUCAAAUCAAAUUUCUUCUGUGAAAAGGAGGCUCACGAUCACGAAGUGCGAAAGGUUUCCACUAGCAACAAAAAACCUCGAAUGAUUGCUAAAUUACAGGUGGAAAAUGGAAAUGGAUUUCAACUGUUCUUGAAAGAAAAUGAUAGUCAACACGGGGAUAUCUAGGAAAUUAGAAGGUAGUGGAUGAUAAUGCAACAAACAGAAAUUCAACGCCAUGCGACCAUAUUUGGUGCAACUGUGCAAGUCAGUUUGGCUGCUAGAUCUGCGAAGCAAACGCAAGGAUGUCAUGAUUCUCUUCAAACAUGGACAUGUCUUCCUUGCAUAAUGCCACCCAAGCUUCAACUCCUUCACCAUCACUGGUGUUAAGUAGAAUAAUGCUAUUGUUGAAUAGUGGAACAACAGCGAUCCAAACAGGCUUUCCCCACCCAAAAUCAGAUUCAUAAAACGGAUACAGCCAACUGCUACAAAAAAAUGACAUCACACCCGCAAGACUCUGUGACAUCUCUUCAGCUCUCAGAGUAGUAGCACCCAAAACUUCCGUGUGAUUCUGGUCUACCUUCCUUACCGCUUCUCUGAUUCUUCCUGCUAAACAAUUGUAGUCAACUUUGGUCUUAGCCGGCCAGAGCGACAUUGUUGUAUUAGCAUUGUUUCCAGUACAAAUUGGUUUUAAUGGUGGAUUCAUCCUCCUCCGGAAAUCAUCUGCAUUUCCUAAUGCGUGUAUGAAAGCGCCCCAAAGAAGUGACGUGACUGCCUCGUAGCAUGUUGGUUCUUCAAUGUAUGUCCCUGAUUGUUUCACUCUCGCUCUCAGAGCUGCUAUUUUGGUGUCAUGAAACAUGAACCUUUUAGUCACCAUGUUCUGUGAACUUUUUUUCCAUGGAAUGUGCAAAGUAAUUCGACAUACCCCAGAAAUCCUGCGGGGGAAACAGAGAAGUACAAUCAAAGGUCGUUACUUGAUCGAUAGAAGUUGUUUCUUCACAAGUCAUCUGAGCCCAUUUGUUAAGAAAGAUAGCAGUUGAUGAUGCAUCGACGAGAGGGUGCCAAAUGCACACCCCAAUUGCCAUUCCACCACAUUUGAAGCAAUUGACUUGGAUACUGAGAAGGGGCUUGGAGGGUGCGUCGGUUGGAGCUACCAACGGACCAAAUGGAAGUAAUUGUUACAUCAAAUCACAGUUUUGAGAAUGGUUUUGAAACUCCAACAUUGGGAUUGUUAUGUUGGUUACGAUGAAAUCAGCACCCUCGUCGUUGCAGUCGACAGAGUAAAUGUCUUUGGCUCUACCUGCAAACAUGUAGAAGUGUGUAACUCUGAGAGGUAUUUCUUCAAGGCAUUCGAUCUAUCGCAAGAAUCUUGGCUCGGGUUGGAGUAGAAAAGAACGAUAGGGAUAUAGAGAUGAUAAGCAAAUUGAUCCAGAAGAGAGAGCUUGUGUGUUCUGAGGUGAGAAGCCGAGAAGGUGUUGGAGAAGAAGGUUUGAUGGCCUCUUUAGAGAUGAUUUUAACCUCCAUUUUUAGUCUUAUCUAUGAACAAUAAUCUGUUUAGGCAUUUAUAUAUAGGAUUUUUUGCAGGAUGAUCACAUGAACAAACGUAGACAUUGCAUGGCUUGCUGCCGCUGGCGUUUAUGACGCAAAGCAUGUGCUUGUUAGUUGUUACAUAUGCGAUAUGCACAAAGCAUGUGCAUUUCCUCAUGAUCAGGGAUUGUUUCCCUGAUUACUGGGAUUUGCUUGAUAUUUUCAUCCAUGCCUGCAACCGACUGUAACUUCCCAGUUCAAUCAAUCAGACAGCAGUUCUGUCCAAUAGCUUGAAAGAAUGCGAAGAGAGCUAUUCACUCCCUUGAGUUUUAGAGCCCAUAUCACUGUGUCUAGAAAUUGAUACUAAAUUUAGCUCCUGGUAGCUUCACUUCUUCCAUGGUUUUCAAAUUUAUUGAAUUAGUGAUUGUUACUCCUACCUGGAAAUGUUAUCUAUUGGGAUGUAAUGGAAAUAAGGCUUCCUGGGCAUCACACAUGA